AUGUCUCCCAACAUCGCGCUCAUCGUAGUGGGGACGUUUUGCCUCCUCACGAGCCUGAGCAGCGUAUUCGUUGCUGUACUCAACUCGCGCCAUGCACAGCAUAAGGGCCUCUCAGAGUAUACCUUCCUGGGAGACGACCACCCCGCCCACUAUCCCCUCGAGCUGGAGACUGUCGCCCUCACUCCUGAAAACACGGUGCACUAUCGCAUAUACACCGCAGACGCCGCCGCCGAAUGGGAGUCCAUAUUCCCUGCCGGGGGCGGGUUCCUCCGCCUCGGCGAGUCGCAGCGUCCACUCGGCCUCGCGAUGUUCCACCAGCUGCACUGCCUAGCACGCCUCCGCGAAGCCAUGAACACCCGGCAGUCCACCGAGCACGUGCACCACUGCCUCAACUAUUUGCGCCAGACCAUUCUGUGCGACGCGAACCCGACGCUUGAGCCGGUCAUCCCCAUCUUGGGCGUGCGCAGCGUGAACGCAGAGGUCCCGCGGCUGUGUCGGGAUUGGACGGCGGUGUACCGGCUUGCGGAGGAGAACUACCGCAUGACUAAAGGUGCAUCGCGAUAA